AUGCCUAGAGGCUCUCCGCGCGGCGGGCGGCCCUCUGGGUCCCGUCCUUCUUCGUCUUCGAGUCUCCCGCCCCAUCAACGCGCUGGCCGAUCUCCUUCGAUUCGUGGGCGUGGUCGGGGCGCUUCGUCUCGCUCUGGACCUUCCGCGACUGAGAGGGGGGGGCGAGGCCGGCCUUUCUCCCGAGGCGGAAUCUCUCGAGGGCGGGGAAGCGGCAUGGGAGGCCGAGGAGGGAGAUUCAGAGGUACACCUGGCGGACCCACGCACGAAGACGCCUCCUCUCGCUCCCUGAUCCCGCCCGCCUCUUCAUCCUCUGUGUCCUUCUCUGCUUCUCAGCCGUCUCCGAACGUCAGCGACGAGGCCUCGCCCUCGGACGCCUCCUCGCCGCCUCGCCUUCCCUCUGUCUCCCCUGCGGCGCCUGUGUCUGGAACGCUGUUCUCGUUUCCAAAAGCUGAGCAACUUUUCCGCGGCUCCCACCCCGUCGACUGGCUGACCACCUGGGACCGCAUGCCGUGGUUCGUCGCGCUCAAGAAGGUCGAGAGCGCCGUGCUCGUCCUCCCGGUCCCUGCGGAGCCGCCGGGAGUCGCCCAAGCGGAGGAAGCCCGAAAAGAGGCUUUCUUCGCCUACUUUUUCCUCCUCGGCGAGCGCCUGCUUCUCCGUCUCUCUGAGGAGUACGAAGCGCUCCUCGCGGAAGACUCUGAACAGCGCUGGUUUCUUCAACUCGCGAACCAGCCUGCAGGCGCGGCUGCGGCCGCAGCGCCUGCGCGAGCGGGAAAGGCGAAGAAAGAGAAGGCCGGACGCAGAGCCCAAGACGACGCAGACGAAGCCGAGUCCUUUGGGGCUGCGGGCGAGUUUGGCGGGCCGAAGAAAGGCACGCGUGGAGACACCCUCUCAGCCCUCAGUCUGUUGAUUCAGCAGCAACCUCUCUGUGCAUGCAAGUGGCUGUACAAGUUGCUUUACAUGAUUUCCGGAAGGAAGAAGAGCGACGCAGCGGCGAGACGGACGUGGGGCGGGAACUGCCAGAGUGCAGUGGAGGCUGCCUUCACGCUCUUCGACGGACCGCUGAUUCUCCCCGCUUACCGCAAACUCCGCAGCCUUGCGCAGCAGCCUCAGUGGCUGAGAGACCGCGCAUGGGCGCUCUUGGGGAAAGCGGACGAGCAAGGCAACGCAGACCAGCGAGACACUGAGAAGGACAGAAAGCAGAAACGCGACGUGGGUGACGGCGCGGAACCACGGGAACAGGCGCUUCUUCAACUGGCCAUGUUGUGGCGGCUCGAAGCGGAGUUCAAAACCAUCUACGCAACGUUUCUUCUCUCCGACGGCGUGUCCGACUCGGUGAUACACUUCGCGAGACGGUCGCUGAGGCUCGCCUGGAGUCUGCUCAUGCGGAAGAAGGAAGAGGAGCAAAUGCUGCUCUCGCUGCUCGUCCGGUCGCUCGGUAGCCGCGAAAACCAGAUUGCAUCUUCUGCGUCGCAUCUCCUGGCGCAGCUGCUUGUUCGGCACGCGCCGAUGAAGCCCGUCGUAGUCGUCUACGUGGGGAACUUUCUCCUGUCGCAUUUGCACGAGGCGCUGAACCGCGCAGCGACGAGCGCCGAGGCCACGUGGGCCGCCGUGCUUCUCUCCCUUUCGGCGUCUUCGCGGAAGAAAGAGAAAAGACGGCAAAGACGGCUGAUGGAACGAGGCGCGCUCGGCGUGCACGGCGCGCAGGGCGAACUCGAGGAAGACGGCGUGGGCGGGAAGGCGAAAGGAAAGGAGAACGAGAAGAACAAGCGCGUCGAGCUCUUGGGGCGACUCGUGACUCGACUCCUCCGAUCCGGAAGCGAAGCGCUGCGGAAAAAGGCGAUACUCGGCGAUGCAAACGAGGACGAAGUAGACGCAGCAGAUGACGAAGAGAGAGGUCAACAGAGAGAACGAAAGAGAGAUCACGAGAGAGAUCAAGACAGAGGAGGGGCUGUGUCGGUAUUUGGGAAAAGGAUGGGGGGAGCGAAAGGGCGUCGCUUUCGCCCUCUCCCCCCGAUAGAAGUCAAAGCUCUUCAAAUGCAAAUCCUGACGCUGCUCAUGCCUGCCAAGCUCCCAGAUUUCCUUCAGGGUGUGUACCGCGCCGUGCUCUUCUUCUCGGAGUUGCAGUUCCACAAAGACACCGACCGCGACGUCGCUGCGCAAGUCGCUCGCGUCUACCUCCAAGUGUUCACGCAGCUCCACCGUUUCCCGGCUCUGUUGCAGUCGCGCCUUUCCCGCACGAAGCCUUCCUCUUCGGCGCAAGCAGUCCCCUGUGUGCCGCCGCUGUAUACGCUUGCGUCGCUGAACCGCCUCGUGCGUGCGCUCCUCAACGGGCUCCACCGCGCGCUCCCCUACCUCCCUUUCGACUCGGCCUCUUCGCCCUUUUCGGCCGCUCUUGGAGGCCCCCAGGCACAGCGCGCGCAGAGGGACGAUAGGAAUGGCGACGCGCGAGGCGAGGAGGCGGCGACGCUCGAAACGCUUUUCGCUCUGGCGCACACGCUGCCGUCGAUGGCGUCGCGAAUCGUCGUUCUUCGCCUGCUGCAUCGCCUCACAGAAACCGCACAAGCCGCUUCCGAUCGCCUCAGCCGCGUGGUGUACGAACACCUGAACGACCCGGCGGUGUUUGCCGCGUCAAAUCGCGCUGCGCUUCUUUCUCUCGUUUGUUCUCUGGCGCUUCCUUCCUCACCUGCUGACUCGGCUUCACUGUCCCCCGGCGCAGCUUCGCUCUCCAUGCAGAGAACCGUCGCCGUCUGCAAACGGAUCUUGCAGGUCGGCCUCGCGCACCCCGACCCGCCGGGUGUCGCUGCAGCUGCGGCUCUCAUUUCCGCCCUGUUUGUUUCGCGAGCGAAACGCGACGCCCGCGUGCUGCGUGGAAAAGCGGCGCUGGCGGGCAAGGCGCAAACAAAACAGAGUCGAGUCGAGCAGCUCCUCUGCGAGCGGGAACGAAACUUGCAAGCGGAUGACGAAGACGUUCGCGACAUUGCUGCAGAUUCCGAAGCAAGUGAAAGAGCGUCAUCCAGGAAGCGGGAGACGAAGAAACGUGUCCAGGAAAACAAAACAGAUGACGAAAGCGACAAAGCCUCCCGCCCCCCCUGCGUCUACGACCCAACAAAACGUGACCCUCGCUACAGCCGGGCUUGCGAGACGCGGCUUUGGGAGCUGGCGGCAGCGAGCGCGUUCUACCAUCCUGCCGUGUCUACUCUGGCGGCUUCGACGAUCGACGGCGCAUGCAGUUCGGAGGGAAGGGGAAAGAAAACGCACGUGGGCCAGGGGGAGAGGGCCAAGAAGCGGCAAAAGCUGGAGAUGGACUACGACGAAGACAGCGUCGUGUCGCUCUCCACGUCUCUCACGCACAGUCGCGUGCUGGAUCUUCUCGCGUAUAAGCCGAGAGCCGAGGUCGGGCGGGAGAGCGAGAAGAGCAAAGCGAAGCAGGGAGCCGAAGGAUCAGAAAGAGCAAAGGCGAAGUCGCCCUUCGCCCUCGGAAGAGCUGCGGCCUUUCCACUCGACAGCGCUCGCCACUGGCUUGCUCGAGGCGAGAAAGUGCCGCCCCAAGAACAGUUCAUGGCGCUCUAUUUCCAGGAUCCAUUUGUUGCCGAGAGUGAGCAACUUCGUCGGAAAAAGCGGACGCUGGGAGUCGAGGAGCCCGAAGAAGGCAGCGACGAAGAGCGAAUCGACGAGAGCGAUGACGAGAAGCAAGACCAACUCCUCAGCGACGAAGAGGUGGACAAUUUCCUCACCGAGCAACUGGCUGCGCAAUUCGGCGCAGACGCCGCUUCCGAUGAAGACGACGAUGUCGAAGACGACGGCUUCGAAAAUCUGGAGGAAGGCGAAAUGGACCAAGGAGGUGAAGACGGUGAAGAUGGAGAAGAUGGAGAGGUCGACUGGGACGCGCUGUCUUCUGGUGAUGAAGAGAUGGACGAUGCGAUCUUCGGAGGAGACGAGGGAGACGAUGAUCCAGAAGAAGACAGCGAUGGAGGCGACAGCCCCAAAGCAGGAAAGAAGCGGAAAUCUGUGGGCAAGAUGCAUCGCGACGCUCGUCUUGAACGUCUCCGCGAGCACGUGAAGAAGCACUCGAAACUCGGGGAGCUGGGUGGAAGCUUUGUAUCGGCCGAAGGCCUCGAAGAUCUCUUGAGAGGAUAG